UAACCAGUUCUCGGUGUUUCAGCCUCAUGACUGGCCAAACCCUCCGUUUCACGCAGAACCCAUAAUUGGAGACAUCACUGUGCCAAACCUUUACGCACCGGUGGAGAGGUGCCAUGCAGAGGGAGCGCCUCCUCAAGGUCCUGGUCAUCGGUGACCUCGGAGUGGGUAAAACGUCCGUGAUAAAGCGGUACGUGCACCAGGUGUUCUCGCAGCACUACAGAGCCACCAUCGGGGUGGACUUCGCCCUCAAGAUGCUCAACUGGGACCAGAAGACCACGGUGCGACUGCAGCUGUGGGACAUCGCUGGGCAGGAACGCUACGGCAACAUGACCCGUGUUUACUACAGAGAGGCGGUAGGGGCCCUCGUCGUCUUCGACAUGACCCGACUGUCCACGUUUCAGGCCGUCCUCAAGUGGAAAGGAGACCUGGACUCCAAGGUUGCCCUGAGCAACGGGACGCCGGUUCCAGCCGUUCUAUUGGCCAACAAGUGCGACCAGCGGAGUCACGGCUUGUGCCCAAAGCUGCCCAAACUGGAGAACUUCUCCCGACAGUACGGGUUCGUCGGCUGGUACGAAACCUCCGCAAAGGACAACACCAACAUCGAUGCCGCCAUCACGUGCUUGGUGACGAGCAUCAUGACCGCGGAGGAUGAGAGAGCCCUGCGGGACGCCACGUCGACCGGUGCCAAAACGGAACAGGAGGGCGGCGUUCUGGUUCUGCCUCGCUUCGACUACAACACGAAGGAGAAGGGACUCAGUGGGUGUUCAGGAUGCUCCUCCAUGAAAUCCAGAGACAGGGACAACGACUGAAGGACAGACGGGU